AUGGGCAACGUGCGCCACGACAACCUGGCCAAGGUGGUGAGCGGCACCGCCGUGCUGCAGAUGCCCUGUGCUCUGCACUACACGGCUGAGGCCAUGCAAGCCCAGCUGUCUCCACAACUUCUACCAUCUGCUGUGCCUCCCCUGGGAAUGUGCCGCCCCAAGCAGGGGCCGGUGACCUUUGAGGAGGUGGCUGUGUAUUUCACCAGGGAAGAGUGGGCUCUGCUGGACCCCAUGCAGAGAGCUCUCUACAGAAACAUCAUGCAGGAGACCUACGAGAAUGUGACCUCACUGGGGUUUCCAAUUUCCAAACCUGACAUGAUGUCCCAGCUGGAACGAAGAAAAGAGCCAUGGGUCCCAGAUCUCCAGGGAUCUGAGGAAAGAAAGAUGCAGAGAAAUGCCUUCACAGGUGAUGGGAUGAUGGGUAAGAACGCAGAUCAGAAUCCUCACCAGAAAGAUGCUGCACAAGUGGAAGCAUGUGGAGCAUCAUCACGAAGAUCCAAAGGGAAUGUGUCCAGGAGUCAUGAGCAGGGUAAAGCCUGUGACAGGCAGCACAUGCCAGAGAAGCAGCAGGGAAACGAACUACAGGAGAAAGUUGGUAAAUCCAUUAAUUGUCAGGGAACUCAAAAGAACCUCAAGGAAACCACCACUCAGCAGAGAAUCCUCAAGGGGAAGAGGAAAAAUACAUGCGCUGAAUGUGGGAAAAACUUCAAUUACCACUCAGGCCUUAUUAGACAUGAGAUAAUCCACACAAAAGAGAGACCCUAUGAGUGCUGUGAGUGUGGGAAAAGCUUCAAUCAGACUUCAGCCCUUAUUAGACAUCAGCGAAUACACAGAGGAGAGAGACCAUACGAAUGCUGUGAGUGUGGUAAAAACUUCCCUGACAGCUCAACCCUUAUUAAACAUCAGAGAAUCCACACAGGGGAGAGACCUUAUGGAUGCUGUGAGUGCGGGAAAAGCUUUUCUCAGAGCUCAGCCCUUAUUACACAUCAGAGAAUCCACACUGGGGAAAGACACUAUAAAUGCUGUGAGUGUGGGAAAAGUUUCACUCAGAGCUCUGCCCUUAUUACACAUCAGAGACUUCACACUGGAGAAAGACCUUAUGAAUGUUGUGAGUGUGGGAAAAACUUCACCGACAGCUCAGCCCUUAUUAAACAUCAGAGAAUCCACACAAAGGAGAGACCCUAUGAGUGCUGUGAGUGUGGGAAAAGCUUUACUCAGAGCUCAGACCUUACUACACAUCAGAGAAUCCACACAGGAGAGAGGCCCUAUGAGUGUUCUGAGUGUGGGAAAAGCUUCACUCAGAGCUCAGACCUUACUACACAUCAGAGAAUCCACACUGGGGAGAGCCCUUAUGAAUGCUGUGAGUGUGGGAAAGGGUUUACUCAGAGCUCAGCCCUUGUUACCCAUCUGAGAAUCCACACGGGAGAGAGACCCUAUGAGUGUUGUGAGUGCGGGAAAAAAUUCACUGACUGUUCAGCCCUUCUUAAACAUCAGAGAAUCCACACAGGGGAGCGACCCUAUGAGUGCUGUGAAUGCGGGAAAAGCUUCACUCAGAGCUCAGCCCUUAUUACACAUAAGAGACUUCACACAGGAGAGAGACCCUAUGUAUGCUCUGAGUGUGGGAAAAACUUCACUCGGAGCUCUGCCCUUAUCUAUCAUCAGAGAAUCCGUAAGGGAGACAAACACCAUAAAAACCUUGUCUAG